GCACUUCCCUCACCUUCCAUAAAUAAGCAACAUAUUUUCCCUCCGUAGUAUAUUCUCUAUCUCUCUUUUUAGUACACUGGGUAGCUUUUGUAUAUGCAUAUAUAGACGUAUAAGCAAUAGUAUUGUAGUAAAGGAGUUUGGACCAUUUGGAUUGGAGUUUAUUUGGUUUCAGUCUUUUAAAGGGAGAUUGCAGAUUAAGGGACACUCAUUUUGUUUGUUUGCCAAGAAAUUUCCUGAGCACUAUCAGCUAGAAUGGCUACCAGUUUUGGAGAAGCAAGCAGCAGGAGCGCAGGCUACCCUCGUUUGGUCCUCAAUGAAAGGAUUCUUUCUUCUAUAUCUACGAGAUCUGUUGCUGCUCAUCCUUGGCAUGACUUAGAGAUUGGACCUGGCGCUCCAGCCAUAUUCAAUUGUGUGGUUGAAAUUGGCAAAGGCAGCAAGGUCAAGUAUGAGCUUGACAAGACCAGUGGCCUUAUCAAAGUUGAUCGCAUUCUCUACUCAUCAGUUGUUUACCCACACAACUACGGCUUCAUUCCACGCACUAUUUGUGAGGAUAGUGAUCCGAUGGAUGUCCUGAUACUGAUGCAGGAGCCUGUGUUGCCAGGUACUUUCCUCCGUGCUCGUGCUAUUGGACUAAUGCCUAUGAUUGAUCAGGGUGAAAAGGAUGACAAAAUCAUUGCUGUAUGUGCUGAUGAUCCUGAGUUCCGUCACUACACAGACAUCAAAGAGCUUCCUCCUCAUCGCCUUUCUGAAAUUCGCCGCUUCUUUGAGGACUACAAAAAGAAUGAGAACAAGAAAGUGGCUGUUGAAGAUUUUCUGCCAGCUGACUCUGCUAUUGAAGCGAUCGAGUACUCCAUGGAUCUAUAUGCUUCUUACAUUGUGGAAAGCUUGAGGAAGUGAACAACUAUGGAGUCUGGUUAAGCUUUGAGCCAAUUACUUUGAAGGAAUACUGUUAUAACUAAUACAUCAUCAAUCUGGGUUUUUCACCAAAAAAAAAAAACUUUUAUUUCCAGUUUCUCGAGAGGAAAUUGGGAAAUCCAUGUCUUGUUAAGCUGUUGUCGUUAUACUUUGUUUUGGUUAAAAGUAGGCUGGACACACAUGUAGCCCAUAGCUUUUGGUUGAAAGUAUCUCUACAGGUUUUUUUUCCCUAAAAAAUGAAGGAUUUGGAUCA